AUGUAUCCGUUAUUUAAGUUAUCCUUCACUAAUCGGCGCAAAUUAGUAAUAAGACACGAGGAGCCACAGUAUUCGCAAUUGAACUGUCAAGGAGCACGUCCAUUUACGUUAUUCAAAUCGAUCUAUACAAAUAAUACUGAUCGACCGCAAGAAUACUCGUUCAAAACUGAGCGUACUACAGAAAGUUUAUGCAGCGUUAUGCGUGAACAAGGUUAUUUGAUCGGUGGUGAAACUGAAUUGACACUAAAAACACCAUGUGAAAUAGCCGAAUUGAAAGCAGGUUUUAAGCAUGAAAUGAAUUUCAACAAUGUAAAUGAAAAUGCGAAGUCAGAAUUGUUAUCAUGGUCUGUUGAUAGUACCGUUGUGGUACCAGCUCACUAUAAAACAGAAGCUUCAAUUAUUAUUGAAGAAAUGAAUUAUAGUGGCACAUAUAGUGUUGUUUCAGUGCUGUCCGGUUUGGUGACCAUAUCGAUCAGAAGGAGGAAAGAUAGUGCUCUGGUAUUACCUUUAACGAUGAAUAUAGUUGAAAUAUUCCGAGAUUAUCUAGAAACACGAAGUGCCAGGAAGGAUAUUAAAGCAGCUGCUAUGAUUGAUGGUGCUAAAUUUGUACGGUUAAUAUCAAAAGGCACCUGUUCAUUCCAGUUUGCAUUAAAACAACGAAUUGAUCUCAAAGAAGAAACAAUCGGUGAUAAGGAGAAAAUGAUGGUUGAUUAA